AUGGAUGACAAAGAGAUUGCUUUGUCAUACAAGGAUGUGGUUUUAAGAGUUUCAGACGUGAAUAUCCUUAAAGGAUCAUGUUAUCUUAAUGACCAAAUUAUUGAUUUCUAUUUUGCUUACUUAUCUUCUUGCUAUAAUGCCGAUGCUAAUGAUAUCUUGCUUGUUCCACCUUCCACAUCCUAUUGGUUUGCAAAUUGCCAAGAUCGACAGAGUCUUGUCAAAGAUUUUGUGAAACCUCUUAAGUUUUCGAGCAAGAAACUCAUUCUUUUUACUGUGAAUGAUAAUGAAGAUCUUAGUGCAGCUGAAAGUGGAACGCAUUGGAGCUUGCUUGUUUAUGAUAGGAACCAGAAUUGCUUUUUGCAUUUUGAUAGCUUGCGGGGGAUGCACCGAUAUCAUGCCUUGAGGCUCUACAAAGCUGUAAAGGGAUUCGUGGGCACAGCCAGUGAAUCAUCAUCAGAAGAUGGUGCUGAGACUAUGAAAAUGAAAGCUGUAGGGUCUGCUGCUGCUCCUUUCUUUAAAGAAGGUAAAACACCACAGCAGACUAAUGGAUUUGACUGUGGACUUUACGUUAUUGCCUUAGCUGAGGCGAUUUGUCGAUGGCAUUCUUGUGAAAGGGAUAGAGAUGAUGGUGACUGGUUGUCUGAUGUUGAAAGGGAAGUAAAUGCAUCUUUGGAGACAACAAUGCGAAGUGAAGUAUUGAAGCUUAUUGAAGAUCUGAGGAAACAAUGA